AAGAAUAGUAACAGCCGGCCAAAAGAACGUACGAAUAUGGAGUGGAAUCAUGGGAAUUACCUAAGAUCAGUGCCCCCUUUUGUUUCUCGCCCGGAUAAUCCCAUGGGCUUUCUCUACAACUAUAACUACGACCACUACCCCGCAGGUUUAGAGAUGAUGAAGUAUCCGGCGGUGGUGGGGCAGGGGUCGUCGACUCACGCGGUGGCGAGUGGAUCGAUGAACAAGGUGGUGAUGAAUGGGUAUGGCGCCAACGGUGGUGUUCCUCGUGAUCAGAUGGGGGAUCAGAAGAAGAAGAGGCUGAGCGGCGAGCAGUUGGAGUCGUUGGAGAGUAGUUUUCAGGAGGAGGUGAAGCUGGACCCUGACCGGAAGAUGAAGCUGGCCAGGGAGCUAGGGCUGCAGCCGAGGCAAGUGGCGAUUUGGUUCCAGAACAGGAGGGCUAGGUGGAAGGCUAAGCAGCUGGAGCAGCUCUACGAUGGGCUUAAACACCAGUUCGAAGUCAUUUCUAAUGAGAAGAAACAGAUCAAACAUGAGUUUGAUGUUGUUUCUAGGGAGAACAAGCAUCUCCAAGAGGAGGUGUCUGCAUUGAAAGCUAUGCUGAAGGAAGUUAAAUCAGCCAUGAAGAUUCAUCACCAGGUGAUCUCCGCAGAGAUCUCAGGCGAAGACACAGUGGAGAGCACGUCCGUAGGGAACCGGAGCUCAGUCCUGCUGACUCGUCAACAUCACCACCACCAGAAUAUUGCUCCUACUGAUAAUGAUCAUGAUCAGGUUAACAACUAUCACUCCUUCAAUAUCGCCGAGGACUACAAUCCGGUGGUGGUGAUGCCUCAGCCGCCGCCGCAGCCGCCUAGUUACUGGAAUAAUGUUAUGACCCCUUCCUAUCCUUAGAAAUUUUUAAUUUUAAGGCAUAUGCUAAUUAAUUAAGUUGCUUAUAUUAUGUAUAAUAAUGAGUAACUUAUAUCUCUUGUAACGACUGUGGGUUGGGACUAGGUUCGUUCGUUAGGUUUUUUAUGCCUCGGAGCAAGUGUCAGGAUACAGAUCAAGACACUAAUGUUCAAUGUGUGAGGGUCUUACGUACUUCGGGCGAGACCAACAUACAUCAAACGAUUCGGAAAAUUUGAAGUGAGAUAAAUUUGUGUCUAGACAUGCAUCUAUGUCUGUAGCAAGCUUUAGUAGAAGAUGGGAUUUAGAAUCUUCCCACUGUU